UCGGUGAUAAUGAAACAAGCGGUUUGCCCAACAGAUGAGAUUACAAUGUGUAAAAUUGGGCAGGACUCAGAAUAAAAGCAGAAGGACUGACGUGAAGACUCAUGCAACUUAUUCUGAGAGGAUUUUUAGUGUUGCACUUGCCAGAUCAGACAUCAUGUCUUGCAGAUCUCCUCUCACAGCUGGUAAGAGUGUGAGGAAAAGGGCGCUGAUCGUCUCUGUGGAGAACUUUUAUCCUGGCACCAAUUUAUGCAGGAGAAAGGGUGUGAAGAGAGACAGUGGAAGGCUUUACAAGAUCCUCAGCGAACUGGGCUUUUCUGUGACCAUCAGACUGGACAUCGAGGCGGAGGAGAUUAAUCAAGCAUUUAAAGCAGAGAGCGAGCAGACGGUCAAGGAGUGUUUUGUGGGCAUCAUCUCCAGUCACGGUGAAGAAGGUGUUGUGUUUGGUUGUGAUGGACGUGCUGUGAAACUGGCCGAGAUCUACAGCUGCUUCAGAGGCCCGACAAUGAAGGACAAGAGCAAACUCUUCCUCAUCCAGGCUUGCAGAGGUGGAGAUUUGGAUGGAGGUGUGGAGCUGGAGACAGACUCUUCAUACUCAGAGGAACAGGACGGCAUGUCUGGGCUUCUUUCCAUUCCUAUUGACACUGCAGUAACAUACGCCACUUCACCAGGCUACGCUGCAUUCAUGCAUCCUCUGGGCUCGGUGCUGAUUCAGACUCUCUGUGAUCUGCUGGAAAGCGACGGAGGUUCAGAUCUGGAGAUCACCAAACUUCUGACUCGACUGAACCACCAGGUGGCCUACAACUUCCAGGCCAGAGGGAAAAUACUGGGCGGGAAAAAGCAGAUGCCAUGCUUUGUGACGCGCUUCACUAGAGAGGUUUUCCCAUUCAGGAAACCCAUUGAUGAAUCCAGGAGAUCACGGAAAAGCUCCAUAAGCUGAAGAUCACAGAACAAACACUGACUGGAGAUAAAAUAUGUCAUGAACCUUUUUUCAUGAACAUAACACCGCAGUUGCAUCAGCAGCAGGAAGCGAACUGUUGGGACAGGCUAUGGGCCUGAAAUCACAUGGUUAUGAUGGAUACACACUGAUAAUAUGAACAAAAUCUCAAUGAAAUCCUGAUUCCAGGAAACACUUGAGUUAUGAUAAUCCGGAUUCACAUAUCGAAACUAAAGUAAAGCCUAGGUUUCUGCGACUCAGAUUACGUCACAGUCAUACUUUGGCCUUGCUAUUUUUACUGUCUGCAAGGUGUGUGAGAUGUUUAUUGCACAUUCUGUACUUUUGCAGGAGCUCAUGUGAUGUGAAGCGACGUGCAGGAUUUCAACACAAACACUAAUGUCAGGGCGCAUUUCACCGUCUGUCAGCUCCACUGAUGGACAUUAUUUGGGCUUUUUGGCUGUUCGGUAUGUUAAUUGCAGGCUUUAAACUAGCUUUGAGUCAUA